UGGCUUCCGGCGCAAGGCCCGGCGUUCGCUCAGUUCAGGCCGAAUGGCGGCCCCGCUGCUUCACACGCGCUUGUCGGGCGAUGUGGCGGCAGCGGCCUCUGCCACGCUGAGUGGGUCGCGGACUGGGCUCUCCGAUAUGCUUGCGUUAGAGAGUGAUUUCUUCAAUUCUCCUCCGAAAAAAACUGUUCGGUUUGGCGGAACUGUGACAGAAGUCUUACUGAAAUACAAAAAGGGUGAAACAAAUGACUUAGAGUUGUUGAAGAACCAGCUGUCUGAUCCUGAUAUAAAGGAUGACCAGAUCAUUAACUGGCUACUAGAAUUUCGUUCCUCUGUCAUGUACUUGACAAAAGACUUUGAGCAACUUAUAAACAUCAUAUUGAGAUUGCCCUGGUUGAAUAGAAGUCCGAGAGUGGUGGAGGAGUAUUUGGCUUUCCUUGGUAAUCUUGUGUCAGCACAGACUGUCUUCCUUAGACCAUGUCUCAGCAUGAUUACUUCUCAUUUUGUGCCUCCCCGAGUAAUUGUCAAGGAAGGUGGCAUAGAUGUUUCAGAUUCUGAUGAUGAAGAUGACAACAGGACACCAUGGUUUCUAAUGUCAAUACUGGUGGAGAAAUUCCCUUUUGUGAGGAAGUCCGAGAGAACACUGGAAUGUUAUGUUCAUAACUUACUAAGGAUAAGUUUGUAUUUCCCAACUUUGAGGCGUGAAAUUCUGGAGCUUGUUAUUGAAAAGCUACUCAAGUUAGAUGUGAGUGUAUCGCGGCAGGAUAUUGAAGAUGCUGAAGAGAAAGCAGCUCAGACUUGUGGUGGGACAGAUACCACAGAAGGACUGUUUAAUAUGGAUGAAGAUGAAGACACUGACCCUGAGAAGAAAGCUGACCAGGGGCAGCCUAGCCAGAUGGCUCAUCCCACCGCAGAGCGCCUGGACAUCCUGCUGUGCUUGCUGCUGUCCUACAUUGAGGAUGUCUGCCGUGUGCAUGGUAAAAUUGAUAGCAAUAAAACAAAGGAUUUAUACCGUGAUCUGAUAUCCAUCUUUGACAAACUUCUGUUGCCCACACAUGCCUCCUGCCAUGUACAGUUCUUCAUGUUUUUCCUCUGCAGCUUCAAAUUGGGAUUUGCAGAAGCAUUUUUGGAACAUCUCUGGAAAAAGUUGCAGGAUCCAAAUAACCCCGCCAUCAUCAGGCAGGCUGCUGCAAAUUAUAUUGGGAGCUUUUUGGCCAGAGCUAAAUUUAUUCCUCUUAUCACUGUAAAGUCAUGUCUGGAUCUCUUGGUUAACUGGCUGCACAUGUACCUUAAUAACCAGGACUCGGGAACAAAGGCUUUUUGUGACGUUGCACUCCAUGGACCAUUUUAUUCAGCCUGCCAGGCUGUGUUCUACACUGUUGUGUUUAGACAUAAGCAGCUUUUGAGUGGAAACUUGAAGGAAGGUCUACAGUAUCUUCAGAGUCUAAAUUUUGAGCGCAUUGUGCUGAGCCAGUUGAACCCACUGAAGAUCUGCCUGCCGCAAGUGGUUAAUUUCUUUGCUGCUAUCACAAAUAAAUACCAGCUGGUGUUCUGCUACACCAUCAUGGAGAGGAACAGUCGCCAGAUGCUCCCCGUUAUCCGAAGCACGGCUGCUGGAGACUGCGUGCAGACCUGCACCAACCCACUGGACACUUUCUUUCCCUUUGACCCUUGUGUGCUUAAGAGGUCAAAGAAGUUCAUUGAUCCAAUUUAUCAGAUUUGGGAAGACGGGAGUGCUGAAGAGCUUCAGGAGUUUAAGAAAUCUACUAAAAAGGAGCUCGUGGACGAUGAAGACGAUGACUUUUUGAAAGGUGAAGUGCCGCAGAGUGACACAGUGACCGGCCUCACUCCGAGCUCCUUUGACACCCACUUCCGAAGUCCUUCCAGUAGUGUGGGCUCCCCUCCUGUGCUGUACAUGCCAGGCCAGUCUCCACUCCUCACAAGGAUCUAUGAUUGAGCUGUGCGAUUCUCCCCAGAGCCCUGUGGCCCUGUGCUCCACCACUGACCCCACACUGGACUAGUCUAUGCCUCAUGUGUCCAGCUUCCGUGUUGGACUUCGACCAGCAUCUGAAGGGACCCAGGUUGUGUGUGCUUUCAGUUUUCUCCCUGUGGACAUAAGGAAAAACUGAGUGUCAUAUGCAGUAUUUCACAGUCUGUGCCUGUGGGCUGCUGGCUGCAUGCUGUAUCAGCCACAACCUGGCAAGUGGCCUUCUGACAGGUUUCUUUUUAUUAGAACCACAGUCACAUGACUUUGCUUUGGUAAGCUGUCCUCCAGGAUCAGCACUGCCUGUGAAUACUUUGAACUGUCUCCUGCUUACAGUGGUGUAAUGGUUUCCUUUUGACUAGAAGUCUAUUUGUGUUGUGGGGUGCAUGGGGAGAGCCAAGCAGAGGCAAAGCUGAGGAACACCAAGGACUGCAGAGGAGCCAGGCGGGAAGAGAGGAGUCGGAGAAGCACAAAAGGCACUUGUGCAGGAUUCCACAUAGACCUAGCUGCAGCAGCUGUAGCUCAGGCCAACUGAGGCGGGCCUGGGGAGCUGCCAACCAUUCCACAGCUUGCACAACACGGACUCAGCCAGGAGAGUGGGUUUUUUUUGUUUGUUUGUUUUGUGGGUUUUUUUUUUUUUUGGUUUUUCGAGACAGGGUUU